AACUGAGUGGAUGUCAGCUCUCUGCUGCUGCUACGACACUUGUGAUUUCCUUUCAUUUCCAGCCAUGGCUAAACACCCUUAAACUUACACGGAAAAACUUUACCAGCACACUUUUCAGGGUUCGCUUUGCUUGAUAAACAAUUAUGACGUGAUUUUGACUACCACACACUGACUGUUAACGCCCUGGAAGUGUGCGCGUGACUUAAUACAAAUAUGUCGACUGAGUAGGAUGCUAGCAUGUGUUAGCCUACCACAACAGGAAAGUAGCUAGUUAGUUUUGACAGGUGUUAUGAAGCUCGUUUUUCGUCUUUCUACUCAUGCUCUACUUUAGUAGCAUAUUCGUAAUGGACUCCGCGGGAAUUGUCAUACGAAUAAAAACUCCGUUAGGGGAUAUGGAUUCUUCCGUCGACUGUCCAUCACUGCUAAACUUCAGUGACUUGCUGGUCGCUAUCAGGGAUGUUAUGCCUGAAGCCACCGUCACUGCAUUUGAAUAUGAAGAUGAGGUUGGUGACAGAAUCACUGUGAGAAGUGACGAAGAGCUCAAAGCCAUGCUGUCAUAUUAUUGCAGCACAAUGAAUGAACAACGCAUGAAUGGACAACUUCCAGAGCCUCUUCAGAUAUUUCCACGAGCUGGCAAGACUCCAGGGAUCCGGAACAUACAUGGCCUGAAGGUAAAUACGAGACCUAACCCAGCCAUUGACUCACCUGGUGUCAAUGACACCAUGGCCAACAACAGCUUAAAGAAAUCAUCCGCUGAGUUGAAGAGGAUCUUGACAACAGGACAGAUAAAUUCUCAAGAUAUCCAAUACCAAGAGCAACUUGGACAAGGAAAUGGAGGCACAGUUUACAAAGCAUAUCAUCUACUCGGCAAGCGUGUUUUAGCUGUCAAGGUUAUUCCUCUUGACAUCACUGUGGAGCUACAGAAGCAGAUAAUGUCGGAAUUAGAAAUUCUUUACAAGUGUGACUCACCGUACAUCAUCACUUUCUUCAGUGCUUUUUUUGUGGAAAACAGGAUAUCCAUAUGCACAGAAUUCAUGGAUGGUGGUUCACUUGACGUGUACAAAAGGAUUCCAGAGCAUGUCCUGGGAAGAAUUGCUGUGGCAGUAGUAAAAGGCCUAACAUACCUGUGGAGCUUAAAAAUACUUCACAGAGAUGUCAAGCCGUCCAAUAUGCUGGUAAACACCCGAGGACAAGUCAAGCUAUGCGACUUUGGUGUCAGCACUCAGUUGGUAAAUUCAAUUGCCAAAACAUAUGUGGGAACAAAUGCAUAUAUGGCGCCAGAACGAAUAUCAGGGGAACAGUAUGGUAUCCAUGCAGAUGUCUGGAGUGUUGGAAUCUCUUUCAUGGAGUUGGCUCUCGGAAUGUUUCCCUAUCCACAGGAUCCUCCAGUUCUUCCAGCAGAGCAGUUCAGUGAGACCUUUGUUCACUUCAUCACUCAGUGUAUGAAAAGACAACCAAAAGAGAGACCUGCCCCCAAUAACCUAAUGGAUCAUUCCUUCAUCGUGCAAUACAAUGAUGGAAAUGCAGAGGUGGUGUCCAUGUGGGUUUGUCGCUGUUUGGAAGCGAGGCGAACACAGCAGGCUCAAGGUCGUAACUUGCGGCUUGAUGGACCAUGAUACUUUGAGCCAAGUCCUGGAUUCAGAGCCAUUUAAUGUAUAUUCAUGCAGUGCCGUGAAAAGUAUUCGCCACCUUCUUGUUUUGUUUGUUUUUUUUUUAUUUUUUUUUGCAUAUCUGUCACAUACAUGGAUUUUAAAUCAUUAAACCAAUUUUAAUUUCACUGAGACAACCCAAGGAAAUACAUAAUGCUGUUUUCUAAUGAUAAUUCAAUUUAUUAGGGGACAAAAAAAAUCCCAUCCUUUCUGCCUCUCUGUGAAAAUGUAAUUGUCCCCUGAACCAAAUAACGGGUUAUGUCACCCUUGGUAGCAAUAACUGAAGUUGCUGUGGCGUCUUUCACAUCGCUCUGGAGGAAUUUUGUCCCACUCUUCUUUGCAGAUUUGUUUCAACUUCGCCAUAUUGGUGGGUUUAAGAGCAUGAACUGCACAUUUAAGUUUACACCACAACAUCUUAAUUUGAUUUACAUCCAAACUUUAACUUGGCCACUCAAAAAGCUUAUCUGAUGUUUAAAUUGGUUUGAUGAAUUGAAACCUUUUUUUGUGAUAGAUGUGCAAAAAAAAAAAAAACAGAAAUCAAGAUGCGGGCGAAUAUUUUUUCACGGUACUAUACAGUGGGUUUGGAAAGUAUUCAGACACCCUUAGGUUUUUCUGUUGUAUUGCAGGCAUUUGGGGGGCAUGGUGGAGCAACUGCUUAGAUUGUUGGCCUCACAGUUCGGAGGACAUUGGUUCAAAUCCCAGCCCCGCCUCUGUGGAGUUUGCAUGUUUUCCCCGUGCCUGUGUGAGUUUUCUCCGGGCACUCCAGUCUCUUCCCACAUCCCAGAAACUUGAAUUAAUUAGAGACUCUAAAUUGUCCCUCAGUGUGAUUGUGAGUGCGACUUUUGUUUGUCUCUAUGUACCCUCUGAUUGGAUGGCAACCAGUUCAGGGUUUACCCCGCCUCCUGCCCAUUGACAGCUGGGAAUUGCUCCAGCGCUCCCGCGAUCCUCGUGGAGAAUAAGAGUCUCAGAAAAUGGAUAGAUUGUAGGCAUUUCCUAAAAUAUUUUCAUUUUUCCCUCAAUAAUGUAUUAUUGUACUCCUAAUCAAAUCCAAUCAGCAUAACCAAGUACAGUCGGACUCCAAUAAAGGUAUUGAACCCUCUUAAGGAUGAUCAGAAGAAAUGGACAACACCUGAGUUUAAUAUAUGUCACAGCAAAGUGUCUGAAACCUUAUGGCUGUGUGGUAUUUCAGUUUUUGUUGUUUAAUCCAUCCAUCCAUUUCCCGAUCUGCUUACCCUCACAAGUGUCGUGGGAGUGCUGGAGCCUAUCCCAGCUAUCUUUGGCCAGGAACUUUAAUUGGUUGCCAGCCAAUUGUAGGGUACAUGGAGACAAAAGAGUUGCACUCACAAUCCCACAAAGGGGCAGUUUAAAAAUUUAAAGGUUUCUGAAUACUUUCCCGACCAACUUCAUGUAUUAAGUAAGUCAGUAAGAUUGUAAGUAAGUAAGGUUGCCAAACACUAAAUGUUCGGGGCGUAGUGCAUCACUUUUGUUCUUUGAACUCAUUCCUUUGUUUUGCAUUCAAUAUUAAGAAGCUGGUUAUCCUCUGCAGUUCAACCGGAUGAGCGAUGAUAGAGGUGAUCAGUUACCAGAAUGUCCUCACCCUUUAACAUCACAAUAUGCUGAGAGUGAUGUUGGUUAUAGCACCCUGCAAGUGAAUGUUAAGGUGUUUUUGCCUUUGUCCAAUUCCCAUGUGUUUAUCUUCUCAGUAGUAUCAUUAAUCCCUUCUGCAACCAUAGCUUGUCUCCAAAGUGACAAUAUUUCCUGGAAAAAUAUAACAAUGUAAAAAUAUCUAUUCCUGUAACAACUCAACAGACAUGACUUUGCCAGAGCAGGACAAAUCCAAAUGCCCUUUGCCAAGAAAAUAUAUUCUUGUUUGACAAUCAGUAAAAAUAUUUGUACUCUGACAAUCGUGGGUCCAAAAGAAACCACUUCUACUGCCCCAGUCCUGAUCUCGAUCCUCAAUUUCAGAGGUUGACGUCCAAGGUUGUCAGAUAAGCAUACACCAAGCAUGUUUUUAAGAAUGUUGUAGUCGUUGUUAAAAGACAGGGUUUCCUUUUCUUUCACCAGCUGCUACAUAUUCUUAAAAUAUACAAAGACCUAUUCAGCACAAAAUACCAUUAAUAGAAAUGUUGAAAUGGAAAGGCCAAUCUCAGCAGCUGGUUUGCUUUGCUUUUGCUCAACACAUGCCGCCCUGAAUUUGAAAGAAAAACAAAACAACUAAAAACAUUCACCUCCCUGACAAAAAAAGACUUUCAUUCAAGAGACUACUUUGACUUUUGAUGUGUCAUUCACUACCUAGAAAUAAAGUUGGAAAGUGAUCAUUAUUCAUGGAGGUUAAUGCAGUGUACAGUACAUGUAUAUAUAUUUUUUAUCAGCAGAAAAAAAUGUAUACUUCACAAUGACUUUGUAUGUUUUCAAUGUGUUCAAGAUGCUUUUGCUCCCAUGAAGAUGAGGUAAGAGGACCAGUAGCACAUAGUUGAUGUUUGUCGUUGACUGCAGUUUGUUUUAAAUAUCAAUGGUUCUGUCAUGUGUUUGAGUUCUGACUGAAUUCAAUUGAAACGCUUCUCCUGCAUAAAUAAAUGAAAGCAUUGAAACAUUAGCUGACAUUUGGCAACAAUUGUUUUCCCUUAAAAAAAUUCAUUCUGGAGAGUAUUGACUGUCAGAUUUCUGCGGUUA